AAGCUGUCUGUGCCGGUUCCCAUGUAGAGGUGUGGGAGAAGGGUACGGACUGCUGCAGCAGAUCAAAUGCCAACUACUGCGAGGGUAGACGCCGUUUGGUCGCACGUUGUGUCGGCUGUACAAGAGGAAUUGGCCAGGUUCACCAGUUGUGGUGAUAAACUGAUGGCGAGCUACUGAACUGCCCGGAGUUGAAGAAGCUUUAGCCAGCUUUUCCUGAUGGUCUGUGAAGAAGUGGUUAACUGUGAUGUUAUUGUUUGCGCCAUUGUGCCUUUGAUAUUUGGCGCACGCUUAAAAAGUACCAUCUUGGAGAUACAGGAGACCGGGUCGAGUACGCUGAGAACCAGCCAAUUCUGGUUGGUGUGGUGUGGGGAUGGAGACAUAAUAGCACCUGAGCUAACUCCCCUGAAAGCCAGCUGGUCGGACAACAACGAAGGAGAGGAUGGUGAAGGUGGCAGCUCGACACACGUAAUUUAUGCUCAUGUGUUUAAUGAUCCCAUCCACGGGCACGUGGACCUACACCCACUUCUCAUCAAAAUCGUGGACACACCUCAGUUCCAGAGACUACGAAACCUCAAGCAGCUUGGAGGGAUCUACUUUGUUUUUCCUGGAGCAUCUCACAACCGCUUUGAACACUCGAUUGGAGUGGCUUACUUGGCAGGACAACUUGCGCAAGCUCUGCAAACUAGACAACCAGAACUCGACAUCUCCGACAGGGACAUCCUUUGUGUGCAGAUUGCUGGGCUCUGCCACGACCUGGGACAUGGGCCAUUCUCCCAUAUGUUUGAUGAGAUGUUCAUCCCCAAAGCACGUCCAGGAAUUACCUGGAAGCACGAGAAAGCCUCUCUAGCCAUGUUUGACUACCUGGUGAAUGACAAUGACCUGAAGUCUGUGAUGGAGCAGCACGGCCUGGUGCUGCCCGAAGACCUGGACUUCAUCAAGGAACUCAUUGCUGGACCAUUGGACACUAAUGCAGCCAAAGGCAAGAAGUGGCAGUAUAAAGGCCGUCCAAAAGACAAAUCCUUCCUUUAUGAAAUCGUGGCCAACAAAAGAAAUGGAAUUGAUGUGGACAAGUGGGACUACUUUGCCAGGGACUGCCACCACCUGGGCAUCCAGAACAACUUUGACUAUCGCCGCUUUAUAAAGUUUGCCAGGGUGUGUGAGGUGGACGGAGAGAAACAAAUCUGCACUAGAGACAAGGAGGUGAGCAAUGUGUGUGACAUGUUCCACACCAGAAACCGUCUCCACAGAAGAGCCUGCCAGCACACAGUGGCCAAGAUCAUAGAGACCAUGAUCGCAGAGGCCUUUUUAAAAGCAGACAAGCACAUCCAGAUUGAAGGCUCAGGAGGGAAGAAGUUCACUCUCUCCACAGCCAUAGAUGAUAUGGAGGCCUACACCAAGCUGACAGAUGGUGUGUUUGAACAAAUACUGAACUCUUCGUCCAAGGAGUUGGCUGAGGCGAGGCAGAUUCUACACAAUGUUGUCCAUCGACGCCUCUAUAAGUGUGUGGGCGAAAGUCAGGCUGAGAAACCUGAACGUGUCACGCAGGAGAUGAUUCUCUCCUGGGAAGCAAAUUUGGCUCAGGCCGUCCCUCAGACUGGCGCCCAAAAUGUCAAUCUAAAUCCAGAGGACUUUGUAGUUCACGUCAUUCAUAUAGACUUUGGGAUGAGGGAAAAGAACCCCAUCGACAACGUGCGUUUCUAUUCCAAGGACGACCCAACCAAAGCCACCAAGAUUCCAGAGGAGAAAGUGUCUCCACUUCUUCCAAGGCAGUUUGCUGAGAGGCUGACCAGGCUCUACUACAAGAAGACAGAUGCUGAAAGUCUGAAGGCAGCCAAGCAGUUUGGCAAGUGGUGGGAGAAUGAGAACUUCUUCUAGCCUCAGGUUGGAGACAGAAAAGCACCUGAGUCGGACAACAACGAGCUUUUAACUCAGUUUUUCAAGUAAGAGGAAGAGAGAAGAUGGCCCCUCUAGUACACAUUUGGUAGAUGAGACAGUGCUGAGUUCAAGUUAUAUUUUUCUACAAGGUAAAUGUGUUAAUGAGCACAACAGUUAUUCAAAUCAUUAAUUAUCUGAAAUACAAUUUUUACACC